UAGAAUCUAGUGCUGACCGCUAGAUGUCAUGCCACCUAGAGCGAGCAUAUCCCCGCUAUGCAGAGUCCCAAUACAGCAGUCUUCGACACACACUUGUCUUUAUAACAUGGUGUCAGAAGUGUGCUCUCACAACUCGACGGUGUUGAGUCGUAACCGCGUGGUUUGUGAGUAUUGAACUGCAUCCUUCUUUAUCGUACGCAUCCUCCGUGUUGUUGAACUGCAUCCGUCUUUAUCUCGUGCAUCCGUUUGUCUUGCACCAUUUUCUUGAAAUGUCGUCUUCGUUGAGGGCUCCUGAACCUUUUUCUUUCGGGGCCAGUGAUUUGGCGGCCCAGUGGGGUAUGUGGCGUAAACAGUUUUCGUGGUACUUGGUGGCUACAAAUAGCGGCCUUAACGUGGAUGAAGAGCAAAUGGUGGGCGUGCUCAUCACUCUUCUUGGCAGUGAGGGCCUCAAAAUUUACGAAACUUUUGUGUUCAAUCCAGCCACCGAUGCCAGAAAAAUUGAGCCGGUGUUAGACAAAUUCACUGCCCAUUUUGAGCCCCGACGUAGUGAAGUUUUCGAGCGUUUUAAAUUCCUGCGUCGUCAUCAACUCCCUGGUGAAACUUUUGAUGCGUGGUUGAUUGAUCUUCGUGGUCUCGUGAACUCAUGUGGCUAUGGUACUGGUGUUGAUUCGGUCUUACGGGACCAGAUAGUACUCGGUGUGGCUGAUCCUUAUGUCCGUGAAAAGCUGUUGUACGAAAAAGAUUUGCUGCUCGCCACUGCGUGUGAAAUUGUGCGUGCAUGUGAGUCAUCGAAAGCCCAGCUCAGCCAAAUCAACACACCGUCGACAGCAGAAGCCGCUCACGCCAUUCAGAGUCGACCUGGUGGCCGGAAGGUUGAGAGAAAGCCGGAUUCAUCAUUCAGAGCUCAGCAUGAGCAGCAGCCGUCCGCUAAUCAACACCCAGCCCAGCAGUAUCCCAAGUGUAAAGAUUGCGGUCGUUCCCAUAGAAAAAAUCAGUGUCGGGUCACCAAUGUUACGUGUUUUAACUGCAACGUGGUCGGCCAUGUAUCUAGUUGCUGUCCGAAUCCACCCAAGCCCCGCCAGAUGUCGACACGUCAAGCACCAAGCCCCGCGGCCAAAGUUCAUGCUGUGGAGGAGGAGACGCACUGGAUUGGUGAUGUCGAUCGUGGCGGUACGGCGAUGGCCCUCCCACGGUCAGUUGAAGAAAGUUACUACGUCUCUCAUUCCCUAACGUCAUCUGGUGGUGAGUCUGAGUGGCGCCAAGAAGUGACAGUAGAUGGCGUUAAAGUUAACUUCAAGCUUGAUUCGGGCGCCACAUGCAACAUUCUGCCGUAUGAGUCAUUUUCUCGGCUGCCCAAAACACGCCGCUGUCUUCGCCCUGGGCCCAUUGUUCGCAGUUAUCGUUCACAAGAUGGCCUCUUACGCGUGCUCGGAUUGCACACAGCCAAGGUGGUUCACAGAGGCGCUUUAUUUGUCAUCGACUUUGUCGUAGUUGACGAGCCUGGCCAGCCACCCCUUCUAGGACUCCCGUCUUGCGACAAGCUGAACUUGAUUCGGCGAGUCGAUGCUGUUCAGUCGCCAGUAGAAGCUCCGCUGCCGCCAAUCGUCGUGGAAUUCAUGGACGUCUUCGAAGGAUUAGGUAAAUUACCUGUCGAACACGACAUUAGGCUGCUGUCGGGUGCUAAUCGCGUGGAUCCUGUUGUGUGUGCAGCCAGUCGACUUCCGUUCCGGCUGGAGGAUCGCGUUUUCAAGAAGUUGGACGAAAUGGUCAACGACAAAAUCCUCACCCCCGUGCAAGAGCCAACUGAGUGGGUCAGCCGAAUGAUGGUGGUGGGAAAGCCGGACGGUGAUGUCCGUAUUUGUCUGGACCCGUUUGAGCUCAACAAGGCUAUUCAACGUCAACAUUUUGCCGUCCCCACCAUUGAGCAGCUGUUCAGCAAGUUGGCGUCCUAUUUGUGCACAAUGGCCACUCCGAAAGGCCGUUAUCGCUUCCUCCGGCUGCCGUUUGGAUUGAAGUCAGCCCCUGAAAUUUAUCUUCAGACGAUGAACGACUUGUUUGGAGACCUGUCCGGCGUACUCAUCUACUUUGAUGAUUUCCUUGUAACGGGUGAAACGGAGGAGGAACUUCUAGCCAACCUUCGUCAAGUGUUUGUACGUUGCCGUCUCCAUGACUUGAAGCUUCAGUUAAAAAAGUGCAAAUUCUUCCUCCAGGAGCUCCCGUGGCUAGGCCAUGUCAUUGGCCAGGGAAUUUUAAAGCCGGACCCUCUCAAGAUUUCGGCAAUUGUGGAAAUGCCUGAUCCAACUUGUCCGGCAGAUCUCGUCCGUCUCCUGGGCAUGGUGACAUACCUGGACAAAUUCUGCCAAAAUCUCGCGGGUCUGACACGACCCUUACGUGACUUGCUCAAAGCAGACGCAGCGUGGGUGUGGGAAGAGCCCCAGAAGAUGGCCCUUGGUCAGCUAAAAAGUGCAUUGUCGUCUCUUCCAGUGCUACGACUGUUUGACCACUCACUGCCCUUGGUUGUGUCCGUUGAUGCGUCUCCCGUCGGCAUCGGUGCAGUGUUGCUUCAAAAUAACCAACCGAUCGCGUACUCGUCAACGUCGUUAACCGAUACUCAAAAACGGUACUUUCAGAUCGAAAAGGAGCUGUUGGCGGUCCAGUUUGGACUCAUGCGCUUCCGGCAGUACGUCUAUGGCCAAAUGGUGGUGGUUGAAACCGAUCACAAGCCGUUGGUUGGCCUCCUGGAGAAGCCCAUUGCGUCUUGUUCCCCGAGAAUCCAGCGGAUGCGUCUUCAACUCCAGCGAUUUGAUUUCCAGCUCGUCUACAAGCCGGGCAAGGAGCUGUUUAUCGCCGACACGCUUAGUCGGGCUCCGUCGCCCCGCCUCUUUACCGAUGACGUCACUCAAGACUGUGAGGAGCAGGUUCACGCUGUUCUUGACCUGAUAAUUCCUCAUGAUUCAACUCGUGUCAAAUUUGCUGCAGCAACAAUGGCAGACCCGACUCUCCGUCUCCUGAAAGAAGUCCUUCGGCGUGGAUGGCCUGAUCACAAGGCCCAGUGUCCGGUGGCCGUUAAGCCGUUCUGGCCAGUACGCCACCACUUGUCUGAAGCUGAUGGUCUGCUACUCAAUGGCAGCCGGUUGGUGGUUCCGAUUUCGCUUCGGCAGGAAGUGUUGGCCGGAAUACACGACGGCCAUUUUGGAGAGGUGAAGUGCAUCUUACGGGCCAAAUCGGCCGUUUAUUGGCCCGGGUGUGACGAGCAAAUUCGCAACAUGGUGGCCAGCUGUUCGACCUGCCAAACGCAUCGCCAUCGAAACCCAGCGCAGCCUCUUCGUCCAGUGCCGUUGCCGGUUCAUGCAUUUCAGUGGGUGUCGGCUGACAUUUUUCUACAUGGUGGCGUCAACUACCUCCUGAUUGUUGACGCAUAUAGCAAGUGGCCGGCAUGCGUUCCGUUGCGCAGUUUAUCGUCGUCGUCCGUCGUCGCCGAAAUGGAACGCAUAUUUAGUGACUUUGGCGUUCCGGAAAUUGUCAUGUCCGACAAUGGCUCUCAGUUCGAUUGCGCCGAAUUUCGAGAGUUCUGCGAGGGCCGUGCCGUUCGGUCAGUGACGUCCAGCCCAACCUACGCACAGUCCAAUGGUCUGGUGGAGCGCCACAUACAGACAGUAAAAAAGACGCUCCUAAAAAUGUUUACGGAUGGCCGGUCUCUGUGGGAGGCCUUGGCGGCCAUUCGGUCAACUCCAAUAUCGUCGGAACUGCCGUCUCCGGCAGUGUUAUUGCAGGGACGCCACCUUCGUGGCAGCUUGCCGUUUCUGCAGGAUCGUCUGGUUCCACAAUUUGUAUCUGCCAAGUUCGUUCACGGCCAGCUCCAGCGUCGUCAGGCUACGGCUUGUUUCACUCACGGCGGUCGUCCGGAUGUUCGUGGGUCGGCGCUCAUUGUCGGUCAACGUGUCCGGGCGUUCGUCUCUGGAUUGUGGUUACCAGGUGCCGUCGAAGCUGUUUGCAGCGAACCGGACUCAUAUGUCGUUCGGUUGGCGGAUGGGCGAGCUUUUCGUCGGACGCGCCGCGAUAUAAAUCUUGACAACUCGCCGUCGGCAGGAUUGGCCGUGGGUCAACAGAGUGGUGGUGCUGCUGUAAUCCAGUCUGCUGUUCGCGGUUAUCGCCCCGCCCCUGCUAAUCAUCUGCUGCCGGCCCUGUCUUGGUCUCCGCCUGCCCGCGCUGUGAAUGUUCCAGUUGCCCAGCCGCUUCCGGUAGCCCUGGGUCAACCGUCAGUGAUGCCACAGCCUCCGCCGGUCUUUGUCAAUCCGGCGCCCGGCCCGGCAACCCCUGCAAGGCAACGAGCAGCGCCCGUCUCAACCGACCAGCGUGCUACCGUCCAGCUGCCCGCUGUCCAGUCAACCCUGACUGCAUCAAGUCCGCUGGCCGUUGCGCCUCAUCGUCCGGGAUCGACUCGCUCUGGUCGCCCUUAUCUCAAGCCGUCUUAAUUGUAUGUGUGCGAUUCCGUGUUCGUUGUCCUGGCUGCUUUGCUAGUGACACUUUUGGCUGUUUUGCUAUACUUUCACUCAUGGAAUUCAUCGUCUAAUUCUCAAUUUUGUUUUCUUCCUGCGUCUCGUCCCAUUGUUCAUGUCAUUUCGUGUCCUAUCUCAUUGUUCAUUUCAUAGUGAUUGUUCUCUGGUUUUCGUCCCAUUGUUCAUGUCAUGUCGUGUUUUCCUCAUUGUUCAUUUCAUUGUGUUUAUUGUCUUGUUCGGCAUGUUAGUUGUCGUUCAUUUAUGUGUAAUCAGUGUGCGAGGGGGAGAUGUUGUAGAAUCUAGUGCUGACCGCUAGAUGUCAUGCCACCUAGAGCGAGCAUAUCCCCGCUAUGCAGAGUCCCAAUACAGCAGUCUUCGACA